CGCUGCCGGUCUGUUCGGCAGUUACUGAGAGGAAGAUGGUGGACUUGGCGACAGCGGCGUGCUCCAAACUCCAUCCUAAACACUUUGGGAAAUACUUACCGUCUCAAUUUAGUAUUAUAUAUAGAUUGCAUGGUGACAAUUAUAGAUAAUACAUUGUGAAAGCCGUUGAAGAAAGAUAAUUUUUGGCGCCGGACAACUGUUUAUUUCACGACAGAAGAAAGCGGGGAGUUGUUGAGCGUGGUUGUAGUGGCUGGUACUCGUAAAGGACGCUAGUCAACAUUAGCCAAAGUGUCAACAAAAGUGUGAAAGAAGGUGGAAUUGUGGGAAUUUUUUACCCAGCUGUCGACAUAAACCACGGAGACCAUCCAGCCCUUUACUGCUGUUGCCUUCACACCAACUGUCAAAUCUGUGAGGAGCGGACUUGACAGUUGGGUUGAAAACAGGCUAACUUUAGCUAGCUAAGCUCAGCUAGCUUUGUUGUGAAGUGUGGAUCAAAGAGCUACUCAAAAUGCCACGGAGUAAAAAGGGGAAACGUGGCUCCAGCAAGCCGGGCUCUCUUCGUCAGGAGGUUCUUCAGCUGCAGCUGUCGGCUAAAGCUUCGCUGAAAGGUAUCAAAAAUGGGGUAAAGGGAGAGUCGGGUGCCAGUGAUGAUGAGCUGACAUCUGAUGUUCUCAGCCAUUACAGCAGUGCCAGCGAAAGCACCUCUGUGCUGGAAGAGGGCACAGGAGGGGAGCAGGUGGAUGAGCAGACGGCACAGGAGGAAACAGAAGACAAACUCAAGCAAUGUAUAGACAACCUGAUGGAUAAGAGUGCUAAGACACGUCUUGCAGGUCUCGAGUCAUUGCGACAGGCCUUCUCCUCCAGAGUGCUGUUCGACUUCCUGACAGAGAGACGCUUCACAGUCAGCGACUGCCUGGAAAGGAGCCUGAAAAAAGGCAGCGGGGAGGAGCAGGCUGCAGCAGCCACAGUCUUCGCCCUGCUCUGUAUUCAGCUGGGAGGUGGAGACCAGGCAGAGGAGGGCUUCAAGAUGCUUCGUCCCAUCCUCACCUCCAUUCUGAUGGACAGCAGUGCCAGCAUGGGAGCCCGCCAGAGUUGUGCCAGAGCUUUGGGGAUGUGCUGCUACGUCUCUGCUGCUGAAGACGGAGAGGACUUGAUCAAAUCGUUGGCCCUUCUGGAGAGCGUUUUCAUGUCUUCGUACCCCAACAGAGAGGGAACACUGCCUGUGCCCAAACCCGGCGGUUCAGGCCUUCACAGUGCUGCCCUGCAGGCCUGGUCACUGCUGGUCACACUCUGUCCUGCAUCCAGACUGACUGAGCUGCUUGAACUUCACCUCCCCAAACUGCAGGCCUGUCUGCAGAGCAGUGACGUCAACUACAGAAUCGCAGUGGGUGAGACCAUCGCCCUGCUGGUGGAGCUGGGACGAGAUAUAGAUGAGGAAUUCGAGGUGGAGGACAGUGAAAGUCUGUGUCAGUGUCUGAAGAGUUUAGCCACAGAUGGCAACAAGCACCGAGCCAAGAACGACAGGCGGAAACAACGCUCCAUCUUCAGAGAGGUGCUGCAUUACAUAGAGAACGAAGACUUCUCGGAGGAUACGAUCGCAUUCGGGGUGGAGAGACUUUACAUCGACAGCUGGAUGAGGAGAAGAAUCUACGAUGCCUUCAAAGAGAUCAUGGAGUCCGGAGUCAGACACCAUCUGCAGUUCAACUCACUGCUGAGAGACAUCUUCGGCCUCGGCCCUCCCCUCAUCCUGGAUGCUACCGUCAAAGGCAACAAGAUCUCUCGCUUUGAGAAGCAUCUUUUCAACUCAGCUGCCUUCAAGGCCAGGACUAAACAGAGGAGCAAAGUCAGGGACAAACGGGCAGACGUCAUGUGAGAGAAGGACGAGGACGGAGUGAAUUUAUGAGUAAUGGAGGAACUCCUCGGGCUGUGUCGAGAUGGAUACAAAAGGAUGCCUUCAGCUGUCACACACACACAGACUAAAACUCUUUAACAGGGCUUUUUCACUUGUGCUCUUCACCUGCUAUUUAAUUUACCAAGAUUCAAGAGGCCAACAUUUAUUCUUAUUUCCAUCAGGCAAAGGCAAUCUCACUAAGGAACAGAUUUACUGCUCCUCCUCACGGGCAUGUGCUUUUCACUUAUUUUUACAUCAGAAUGGACACCAACUGCAGAACAACGCUAAACCUCUUUUAUGUGGGAUUAAACUGACUCAAUCACACAGGAGAGUACAUUAUUGGUGCACACAAGAAAUGUGAUUUUCAGAUAAAGGUAUUUUAUUCAUUUUAUCAAUACAAGUACUGAGAAAUUGAAGUAUUAAGUCUCAUUGAUGGAGGUAAAGAUUUUUAAGGCUUUAUUUAAAGCUUCCAUGCUAUACUCACUAAACCGCUGUUUGGUGCUGAUGGGUAUUGUUAUUGAUACUCAUUUUGAUGCUCUCUGUGGUUUGACAGUCAAGUCUUUUAAAUCCUAAUUUCAGACUUAAGUUUUCACGUAAAGCCACUUUUUCAGGACGUAACCAGUCCUGGUUAAUCUCGAAGUUUCAUGUCUGAGCAUCCAUCUCUGUGACAAAAAGUAAAAAUAAACAAGGAGGAGCUGCAGAAAUAUGCUGGCAGAACUCAGCUCUACUCUGGGAUGAUGAUUCCUUGUUAGUCCCCGUUUUCACCCUGUGUUUCCCCUCCCAGAGUGGAAUAUUCAGCUGCCAAACCAGAAACUGACUUUACAAACAAUGCAACACAAGAGAAAAUGCGUGUGGUGUUUUUGCGUGAGUGUGUUUUAUUUGAAUUUUAUUCAACAUCAUGAAAUAAAACACUUAAAAUAUAUAAACAGGAAGAUGCCUAAUUAAAAUAUGAAAUCAAAGAGUUCAUAUUGUCAACAUUGUAUUAAUAAUUUUGAGAGGAAAAAUACAUUUUAACCAUUUCAGGUGGAUAAUUGUAUUUUACUUUCUAAUUUAUUAAAAGAGUACUGUGUGAUUUCUAAGAUAAUGAAAAUGCUAAGAACUGUUUACAGACAAUUACAGGAUGACAAGAAGAAUUUCUAGUUUUUUUUCCAUGCAUAUUUUUAAUGCGGGUUGGUGGGUCAUACAGUUUUUCCAUGUGUAUGUACUGCAGAUAGACUGUAUAUAGGGAUUUACAGUCACAUGUGUACUUGAAUUAUUAGAUGCAUUUGAAUGAUUUUCCCUCUGAUGAGCAGUAAAUACGCAAAAGGGCACUAAUCAGAACUGGGUGUAAAGGUGAUCAGGUUCACAUCUAAAGUUCAGUGUUAACUCCUGAUCCUGACAGCAGCGUCAGCAUUGUAAGUGUUUUUGAUUACAUUGAAGUUUUAAAGCACUCUUUACUGCUGCCUGUAAAUUUCGUUGGUGAAAACUUCUCAUCUGCUUACAGUCUCCUGUGGCCUCACCAAACUGUCUUAUCUGUGGUUCUCAUCUUGCAGCACAUGGACAGAAAAUGGAUCAAAUGAAAUAAAGAUUUGUUGAGCA